AUGGUGCGGACGCCCGAGAGCGAAAGUCCAAAAUGUGACAAUUGUGUUAGACUUGGUACAGAUUGCCACCACACCACGCCAUGGCAAGGUUUAUCAUCAGAGCUCAAACGUAAGCUCGACGACAUGCGACUGUCACAUCCAACCUAUCAGGAUCUCUUCAAUUUGCUUCAAGUCGCGACAGACCAGGAUGGAUUAGACAUCCUGCGCAGCAUCAAGUCUGGCACUAGUGCCGAGGAUAUCUGUAAUCACUAUCAGCAUGCCAACCUUCAGUCACAGCUUGCUCUCGUGCCCGAGACGCGGCUACGUUUCGAAUUCCCCUACCUUUCGACUAUGCCUGAAAGCCUCCUCGUUGGUGAUAGCCCCUAUCUCCACUCACUACUCUAUGAGAUAGCGCCCGUCUACCACCCACCUACAUCAGUCGCACCCAGCCCUCAGCUUGACUCGGCAUCGCUGUCAUCCAGGUUUCAAUUCUCGAACUGUUCAGCCCGUACCGAGGAGGAUCGGAGCUUGUAUCUAAAGCCAUUCCACGCGGCACGGGUUAUUGAACCUUGGCUCUCAGACGUGGACCUAUCAUCAUGGACAACGAUUUGUAACGACAAUAUGCUCAUGCGGGACCUCCUCCGAGUCUUUUUGCGAUGCGAAUAUCAGUUCAGUGCCGCAUUCCGCAAAGACUUAUUCCUGGAAGACAUGGCUACGAGGCGGGACGACUUUUGCUCCUCGCUGCUCGUCAACGCCGUACUCGGCUAUGCCUGUGUCUGCUACCCGAAAUUCUCCAAUUGCGCCGAGUACUGGAACCCUUCAACACUGGGGCAUCGCUUCAUUGCCGAAGCCAAACGCAUCUGGGAGCAAGAGGCUUCCCAAGCGCGCAUCACCACCAUACAAGCUGGAAUAAUCUUGACAGUCUUCCACAAUCUGUGCGGUCUUGACGAGAUUGGAAAGGCGUACAGAAUCCAGGCUAUCGCUCUGGCUCACAAGCUUCACCUCUUCGAUGCGUCAUUCAGCCAUGGAAGCAAGAGAUUACAAAACGGCAGGGCCUUCACUGCGUGGGCCUUGUUCAAUUGGGAAACACUUACUGCCUUCUCCUUUAUGCUCUCACCACUGCUCACCAAGCCUCCCGAUUGGCCCCUGCCAGAUCCGUCAGAAGAUGCACAAUGGUACGGCGAAAUAUGGCUCAAGUAUCCUUUGAGCGAUCGCCUUUCACCCUCGAACUUUGCGCACCUCCUGCGGGCCAGAUGUCUGUUCCGGAUCAUAAUGAACGACUUUUGCCAUGCAGCCUUUUCGAAAGGCUCGCGUGUGACCCUGGCUGGUGCACAUGGGUUUCGCGAGCGCCUGAGAUGCUGGUACGAUGAGCUGCCGGGGCCCCUGCGACCAGAGACAAUCGUCCUUCCUGGUCACUUGCAACUCCACAUCUACUAUCAGCACCUAAUGCUCACAAUCUUCGAACCCUUACUCGACGCCAAAGACGUCGGAGAACUGGACCCCAAGCGCAUCGUCGCCGACGCCAAACGAGAUCUCGAGACCCUCGUACGCCUCUACUACCUCCGCCACGGCUUCGAAGCCAUGGAUCUCUUCAUCGUCAUCCCCCUCAUGCUCAUCGGCUACAGCUACAUCGCCGCGAUCGACAGCAACCAAGUCCCGCACCGCGAGCUGGAGGCCUCGCGCUCCACCCUCAUCCUCGUCGCCCAGGGCCUCUACAGCCAGCGCCACAACCAUUAUCUGGCCGAAGCGCUCUUUCGGGUCCUGCGCGGCAGGAUGAGGCCCCGGGAAGCGGCGCUGCUCAGGGACACGAUGAGCUUCGACGAGGCCGAGGCGGAUCUCCGGCAGGAUAUGGCGCAGGCGGUGAAAAGUCAUUGGCCUGUCGCGGUGGUGAGAAAGAUUGAUGAGCUCGAUGAACAUAUCUUGACGAACCUGGUGGAGAAUUAUGCGCAUUUGAAUAUUGAGGAGAUGGGGUAG